GAGACGUGGGGUCGAACAAGCGGGAUCUACUUCGUGUUCAAUUUGGGAAACUCAAUUAACUCGAAGGUUGUCGUGCAAUUUAAAGUUCCUUCAAACACAACUAUCCUUUCAAGGUGAACAGAAAGUCCGCGGUGCCUCCUUAACUGAGUGCUGGCACUUCAGAAGUGGGAGUGCGAAAGAGAGGGUCAGAAAGACUGGUGGGUGGGGAUAAAACCCUUUUGGGAUCGAGAAAAAAAACUAGAAAAAAAAAAAUCACGUGUAUGAAGAUCAAAGGAGAUCCGCUUUGUAGAGGAGGAGGAGGAGGGUGAGAAAGAAAGAGGGAGGGAGGGAGAAAGAAAGAGGGAGGGAGGGAGAAAGCGAGGCAGCGUUUGAGGCAAUUUAAUUGACAAGGCUCGCAGUGGUGAAAUAAACACGCUUCGGCGCAGUGGCUCAGCUUUUAUUGCACAAUCCCGACUCCGUUUUUGAGGCAUCGCCCGCAGCGCGACUACACCUGAUCCCAAUUACCUUCACCCGAUUAAUUAAUCCGUGUGAAAUUAUGUCCCGAUCGGCGCUGAUCCAACCGGCAAGAUGAUGAUUUUCCUAAGGAGAGGCUCGGAUCGGCUGCCCGACUCGGUGGUCCUGGUGAUCUGGCUGCUGGCCGCUUCCCUGGGCGCCGUUCUCGCCAAGGAUACAGCCUUUGUGGAAGUGGUGCUGUUCGAGUCCAGUCCCAAUGGGGAUUAUACUACCUACACGACUGGCUUGCAGGGACGGUUCUCCAAAGCUGGAGCCACUAUCAGCGCGGAGGGGGAGAUCGUUCAAAUGCAUCCUUUGGGACUAUGCAAUAACAAUGAUGAAGAGGACCUUUACGAAUACGGAUGGGUUGGAGUUGUUAAGCUGGAGCAACCGGAGCUGGACCCCAGCUGCCUCACUGUCCUGGGAAAGGCGAAAAGAGCAGUGCAGCGCGGAGCCACGGCCGUCAUCUUUGAUGUAUCUGAGAAUCCGGAUGCCAUCGAUCAGCUUAACCAGGUCGCUGAGGAUCCUCUGAAGCGGCCUGUGGUUUACGUGAAGGGGAACGAUGCCGUCAAGCUCAUGAACAUCGUCAACAAGCAGAAAGUGGCCAGAGCUCGGAUCCAACACCGGCCGCCGAGGCCUACAGAAUAUUUCGACAUGGGCAUCUUCCUUGCUUUCUUCGUCGUGGUGUCGCUGGUUUGUCUCAUUCUGCUCAUCAAGAUCAAACUAAAGCAAAGAAGAAGUCAGAGCUCCAUGAACAGAAUGGCCAUCCAGGCGCUGGAAAAGAUGGAGACGCGCAAGUUCAAGGCAAAAGGGAAGGGGCUGCGCGAGAACAGCUGUGGAGCCUCUGAUUCGCUGAGCAGCAGCUCAACCUCGGACUGUGCCAUUUGUCUGGAGAAGUACAUUGAUGGGGAGGAGCUGCGAGUGAUCCCUUGUGCUCACAGAUUCCAUAAGAAGUGUGUUGACCCCUGGCUGCUCCAGCAUCACACCUGUCCCCACUGUAGACACAACAUCAUUGAACAAAAGAAGGGAAAUCCAGGACCAGCAUGCAUGGACCCUGGCAACUCGAUCCAUGGCAGGCAGCGGGUGGUGCUUCCAGUCCAUUACCCUGGCAGGGUACACCGCGCUGGCCAGUUGACGGCAUACCCAACCAGAACCAGCAUGGACCCCCAUGGCAACCCCAUCACCGUUCUCACAGUGGACCAGCACCCAGAUCCUCAAGGUCUUUACCAACCCCAGUCGACGUCAGCUUUCCUGCAGAAUUAUCACCCCGCCCUUCAUCUGGAACAUUCACUCAACCCCCACCACUGCAGGUUGGAGCACCGCGGACUCCCUGCCUACCCUGCACAGCAGCAUCACACUGCUUUUAAACGACCCAAGUUCCACGGUCGCAACUUCUCCCGAGCAGCUUGUUUUUCACAGUAUGAAACCAUGUACCAGCACUACUAUUUCCAGGGCUUGUCUUUCCCUCAGCAUCCAGAAGGCGGGCAGGGGCCUAUAGCUGGGCAGCUUGGAGGAGGGGCAGGAGCCCACAAGGGCCACCACAGCAGAGCCUUUCAACAAGGACUCCUGUAUCCCACAGUGGUACACAUGCCGCCUCCUUCUUCUUCGAAGGUAGGGGACAGUGGCAGCACUUCUGGCCUGAGUUGUUACCAUGGCCACCGCUCUGUGUGCAGCGGUUACCUCGCUGACUGUCCAGGGAGUGACAGCAGUAGCAGCAGCUCAGGCCAGUGCCACUGCUCCUCCAGUGACUCCAUGUUGGACUGUACUGAGGUCAGCAACCAGGGAGUGUACGGAAGCUGCUCCACUUUCCGCAGCUCGCUGAGCAGCGACUAUGAUCCUUAUGUGUACAGGAGUAAGAGUCCCUGUAGGGGCUCCACAGGGGAACCAGGGACUGUGGGUUGCACAGCAGCCCCUGCUGAGGACUCAUCAAUUCCUGCCCCACUGGAACAUGACUGCCUCCAGCUUUCGGCUGAAGCAUCAGGAUACAACUCGGGGGACCAUCACUCCAACUGCAGUUUGGAGCCAAAUUACAGCAGUCGUUCAUCACUGGAACCCAGGGAGAACAUUGACACGAGCACUACCUCAGCCGGGGCCCCAGAGGUCACCACAGCCAACAGGGCUCAGGAGGAUUCAGGGGAACCUGGGGCUGCAGCCUGUAGCUGCUGCUUUGAGGUAAGUCCUCCUAAUCCAGAAAGCAAAGGGCAGGACUUGGACCAGGUAGGGCCUGCAGCCUCAGGACACUGUCAAAGGAGUAUAGACUUUCAGAACUCCUCCCCCAAAAACUACUUUACACUCGAACACCUGUAUCCUCCUUCUGACCAGGUGAGCUAUGAAGGGCUGCCUUGCUGCUUCUACAAAGAGAUGAAGGUGCACAGGGCGGCUGCUGGACAUUACACAGAGGACUAUGCCGUUAAUGUGCAGUAUGCACACUCAGACUCGAAUGCCUGCUCAGGACAGGGCUGCUGCGAACUCAACAACAGAAUACCCAUAAUUCCCGAGGACACAGACUGUGAAAUGGGCUCAGGGGCAGAGAGCCAGAGCAGUUUCUUACCUGUGAGCAGAACAAUGGAGGCAGAGCUACAGACAGGGGAGCACUGUGAGCACAAGGAGAGGUACUUCCCCUCAGGACACCUUAGAGGUCAGUCAGAGGAGACUAGGUCUUUAUUCCACCCUCAGCUUUCUGCAAGUCUGCCUGUAGAGGGAACUAGUACUUCAACAAAUGAGGGAGACCUGGGAACAUGAGUACGAGUCUGUAAAGAAGGGUCAAAAAAACAAAGUGGUACGCUGUCAGCAAGUCAUUCAAACCUUUAGUUGCCUUGCUCUAAACCCGCUCUCUGAGCACUGAAUGUUAUCAUCUAAGAUUGUGUGGAUUUCUACUGAAAUGGUGUUUGUUUGUUUUUUUGGAUAAGCAAUGCAUCAUGUUCAUUCCUGUGGCCACAAAUGCUUCAAAACUAAUUAGACUAAUGUUCUCAUUAAUUUAAAGGCUGUAUGCAGCCAAGAGGGUUUUUAUUCUGGGCCCUAAUUUUAAAUACAAUCAAAAUUUAAACAAGUUGUAUGUGCAAGCUGAAGGAAUAGAGUAUACUAUUUACAGAAACUUGUCUGCAUAUGUAUAUUUUGUAUUUGUGCAGAUGAAUUGUGACAGCCAAUAAAGCUAAAUGAUUAUACAGACUUAGCUAUACCAAAACAGAGAGACAUGAUUGUUGCUUUUUUUUUUUAUUUGAAGAGCAGAAAAAUGGGUCUCUACUCGUGGGCCCACAUGAUAAAAUACAAAACAACAAAGAAAUGUGAAUGCAAGGCUGACACUGGUUUGUAUAGUCACAAUAAGGACUUGUUCAUGCAUUUCAUUUUUUUCCAAUGUGGCCUACCUGUAUGACAUACGCAACAUUAGAGCCUUAUUCUAGUGAGAUAUUAGCAGCAAUAUUAAACAACUCUGCGUACGUUUUUUUUGGUCAAAAUUCAGACCCAAUUUGUGUCAGGUGUUUUGGAAGCCCAUGAAAAAAAAAUUAUUUUUGCUGUUGAAUAAGCAAUUUCCUCUGUGAGGCGUGCUGUUAUACCAGUAAAAGGUUCUAGUUUGUAUCUUAAGGCCAAAGGAAAAUAGCUAAAGUUUUCUUUCAUAAGGGUUCCUUAUUGUACUGUGACUUUUUCUUUAAAUGAUGCAGUUCUCCAUACCACAGUGUAUCAGUUUGAAUCAUAACGUGCCAUGCAUAAUACGUUCAUGCAAUAUCAAUGCUUGUCAUUCAUGUCUUUCUGUUUGUACUGCAGACUGUUUUGUUUUUAUACUGUUUCUAUGAAAUAUACACGUUCUCUACACAGAGGAAAACCUGAAAUAACCCUAUUUAUAAAAGUUAACCCAGUGCUGUAAUCAAGUCAGAAUCUAAUCUUUGCCUUUGCAAUAGAGAUAUGUACCUAUGGCAAAUAUAACAUUUUGGGGUACUUGAGUCACUAUUUAAUUUUUCUGUUAUUGUUUUUAGCACUUAAGAUUAAAAAAAGUGUAAAAAGUUAAUAUUUUUUAAUUUUCUAAGAAUAAUUAUUUUCUGUCAUACGAUUACAAAUGUUUAAAAAAAAAAAAAGAGGCUAGAGAUCGAUCUGUGUAUAUUCUGUACCUGUAUAGCAAACACAUUUCAUAAAUGGAACUAUGUUCUCUGAAUAUUUAUUUGCUAAUAUAUUUAUCUUUAAGCCAUGUCUUAUGUUCAGAGUGUAUGAGCGUUUGAGUUAUUGGUUUGUUUUUUUUUUCUUUUUGAGAGAAAUCACUAACAUGAGACUUUGUAUGUACAUGAUAAUUGCACACAAGACGAUUAAAUCUUCUGACCAAAAAAACUGAUUUUAAAACUUUAGUACUAUACAGUUUUGUAAUUAAAGUGUACAAAGAUCUGUAAAAUAUACAGUUUAAUUCAA